CUAUACUGCUCUGUUUUACUCUACAAUUAGAGCAUGCAAAUCCCAGACUCGAACCCAGAAAUGUCUCAAAGGAUCGCUCUUAAACCUUAGAGCUGCGGCCGCCUCUGAUCCUGUGGUUGCCUUCUUAUCUCCACCGCAAUCGGAUCGCCGCCCUGCUGACCGCCUCAUCGAUACGCGCCUUACCGCCGUUACUUCCUGCUCUCGACCUGCUUCCCUGGGUCCGCUGCAGCCUCUCCCAUCACAUCAUCUCGACCUGCUCGUCUUCCCCUUAUCACCUCUGCUUCCUUCUCUCCCUCUUCCUCUGCAUCCAUCCAUCUCCCUUCGCCUCUCUCCUCUCUUGUCCCAUCCCGGGAGCUUAUCUCGUUUCUUCUCCAAAUCCUGGUGAUUUUGGACCUCGCUUUCUUUCUCCCCCCAUUCCGCCCGACCCAGCCGGUUCUGGUCUGCCUGCGGCCCAGCCGUCUUCGAUUGCCUCGUUCCACGGUACCUCUCCCUUCUUGCUUCGCACCUCCCCUCCGCUCGCUUUCCGAACGGUCCCUUUUCCCCUCCUUUGCCUGCAGGCCUCCGCUGCUGUCGUCUCCGCUGAUGGGCCUCUACCAUUCGUUGCCUGCACCAUCCGUUGCUGAGGCUGUUGUUGUUGUUACUGUUGCUGAGACGGGGGCCGCUACCUCUUGCUCCAAGUACCGUCGAUAGGAGAAGUGAAGGUAGAGGUGCGCCAUUACACGCUUCCUCCAGCUAGCUAGCAUACUUGCUGCUGCACCUCCUCAAACCAUGACAUCCCUACACCCUUCCAGGAGGCCUCAGGAUGCCUCCCGCGCCGACGUGGCAAUAGGUCGAUACACCAGGCUAGAUGAGAUUGGCCGUGGUAGUUUUGCUACGGUCUACUUGGGCUUGCAUACAAAGUCACGCACCUACGUAGCAAUCAAGUCGGUUAACCUCUCAAAGCUGAACAAGAAGCUGAAGGACAGCCUAUACUCCGAAAUUGAGAUCCUCAAGGGUCUACAUCACCCUCACAUCGUUGCCCUGAUCGAUUGCCAUGAGUCCACUUCUCACAUCCAUCUGGUUAUGGAGUACUGUGCUCUGGGGGAUUUAUCUCUUUUUAUCAAGAGACGGGAUACGCUGGCAGAUCAUAGGUAUACACGGGGCAUGAUCACAAAAUAUCCGAACCCACCCGGCGGUGCUCUGAAUGAAGUCGUCGUCCGCCACUUCCUCAAACAACUGUCCAGUGCCCUGAAGUUCCUUCGAGAUCGAAACCUCAUUCAUCGAGAUAUUAAACCGCAAAACCUCCUACUAUGUCCGUCACCGACUUCGUACCGGGCCGGUGCAGCUCCGGUCGUGCCGUACAAGGGUAGUGACGACUCCUACGACCCGGUGACUGGAUUACAGUCAUUACCUAUGCUCAAGAUUGCCGACUUCGGGUUUGCUCGGUCUCUCCCUUCUACAUCCCUCGCCGAAACGCUCUGUGGUUCGCCGCUUUAUAUGGCACCCGAGAUUCUCCGAUACGAGAAGUAUGACGCAAAGGCCGACUUGUGGUCAGUGGGUACGGUUCUCUAUGAGAUGGUAGUGGGAAAGCCGCCAUUCCGCGCGUCGAAUCAUGUAGAGCUUCUAAGGAGGAUUGAGAAGGGCGGGGACAAGAUCAAGUUUCCCGAAGACAAUCCGGCAUCGGAAGAAGUCAAGGAACUGAUCCGAGCCCUAUUGAAACGAAACCCCGUCGAGCGGAUGACCUUUCGCGAUUUCUUUGAUAGCAAUGUGAUUCAGGGCGAUAUUCCAGGUCUGGUGGGCGAUGAUCGGCCACCUGAACACCGCCCCCCAGCAGCAGAUGUCGAGCCCACAAAGCCGCCGUCUCGACCCGAGUCACCCACCCACCGUGCCCCGGCAGAAACAGGCUAUCCAGAGAGACGGGAAGGGAUGCUGCCUUCUCCUGGGCAACGACCAAUGACAUUACGCGUGGGGUCAGGGACCUCGCCAACCUCGAAGGCGCCGCGGAGAACGGGCAGUACCGAUCGUCCUCCAUCUGCAAAGGAGUCCCCGCGGUCCACUCCUCCGACCCAGAGGCCCGCUCCGGUAUCUUACCCCACUGCUCCUGGACGUCAAGAGCUCGUGGAUCGUAACGCGGCGGUGGAGCGGCAGAGGAGUCAGAAUGAUGAUAGGGUCAAGGAGCUUCGAGAACGGGCCGCCCAAGACGUGGCGUUCGAGAGGGAUUAUGUGCUAGUGGAGAAGCGCGCGGUCGAAGUGAACGCCUUCGCAGAUGAGCUAGCUCACAACCCACGCCUCCAAGGACCCCUUUCCCGUCCUGGUCAAGUCGGUGCAGCAGGUCGUCGUACUACUCUGCAAAAUAUGCCGACUACGACUUCCACAUCCCCUAACGCCGCGAAAGCCAUGCAGGCUAUCGCAGGACGGGCCAGGGCGGACUCGCUGCAUCGUCGCCAGAGCUCCUACGAACGGAGAUACGGACAGAGUCCCACAUCGGCAACUUCUGCCAUUUCAAAGGCACUGAAUAUGGCCAGUGGGCGCCUAUUCGGGGUUGGGUUUUCUCCCCCUCUGGCCAUUACCAAGGGUGGACGGUCACCUCCCCUAGGUUAUAAUCCUUUCCCAGCUUACCCAACGCAGGGCAGUCUGAUGCUCCUUGGAGACAAGACUAGCAACCCACCAGAUGAAGAUACUAGAGCUGUUCAAGUAAUUGAGGAAUGCGCCACUCGGAGCGAUGUGGUCUACGGAUUUGCCGAAGUGAAAUACAAACAACUGAUCCCAUUGGCCCCCUCAGUGCCAGCUGACUCCCCCGUCAAACCCAACUUGCCAGGGGGCGAUAGGGACUCUUCUGAUCCAGCUGAUGCUGGUUUGACAGUGGAUGCCAUUGUGACCCUGUCCGAGGAGGCAUUGGUUUUGUACGUCAAAGCGCUUGCAUUGUUGGCGAAGUCGAUGGACAUUGCAGGCGCAUGGUGGGCUCGCAAAAACCGGGGAGAGACCUUGGGAGAGUUAGCUUCGACAAAGGGUGAUGGUGCCAGCGCCCUGGUCGGCACACGGAUCAAUGAUGUUGUCCAGUGGGUACGAAACCGUUUCAAUGAAGUUCUCGAAAAGGCCGAAUUCGUCCGGUUGAAAUUACUUGAAGCCCAACGUCGAUUGCCCCCAGAUCAUCAGAGUCAUCCCGACAACUACGUGACUUCCUCCGCAGGUGCUGGCACGUCCGCAGAUGUCGUGGUAAGCCCAGGGGUCACAGCGGAGAAACUGAUGUACGACCGGGCGUUGGAAAUGAGUCGAGCUGCUGCAAUUAACGAGCUGACGGGCGAAGACCUUGCCGGCUGUGAAAUCGCGUAUGUAACGGCUAUUCGAAUGCUAGAAGCAGUACUAGAAGAUGAAGAAUUACCGCGGUCCGGCAGUGCAGGCAGAGUCAGCUUGAAGGAUAGCGAAAAGGUCAUUGUCAAUGGUAUGCCGGUGGAGAAUCGCCAGGUGGUUGUCAAGCUGGUCUCUAGCAUCCGAGGUCGCCUCAGUGCACUCCGCAAGAAACUCGCGUUAGUAGCGAAGCGAACUUCGACAUCCCCAGUUAGCGUCAUGGGGAAGAGUCCGUCGUCGAACGUUACUCCUGUCCCUCAUGCCGUUGGAGCCACGCCUCCGAAGUGAGAUGACACAGUUACGGAACAGCCACGCGGAUUUCUUAUUCUACAUAAUACGUGGAGGAAGCCAUUAGUCACUUACCAUAUGGGAAUUGCUAUAUACCUCUUCGGUGGCUUUAUUUAUUUAUUCUUUUUUUAUCAACGAUACUCCUUUUAUGAAAAUAGUUUUCCGGAAUCCUUUUUCAUGGCCUGGGUUUGCUUUACUUGCCAGCCAAUUUUGGGUUGAUCUUCAUGUGGUAUUAAUGAGCGGCAAAGUUGUCCUUUAGCUUUCCUAUCUCGAUCUCCUCUCGUUGACAUGUUUGACUGAUCGGAUAUUUACAAUCCAGCAAGAGGAGUUUCUUAUUUCUUUUUCUAUGCCGUGAUGUUUUGUUUUGCUGCGUUCUGGCGUUUGUCUGUAUGUGGUUCGGGAAGGGUAUACAGAUUGGCAACACUAAUUUUUUCUUGAUUCAAUGGCUUUUUGACACUGAGGGUGUUACGAGAAUGGCAACAUCAUCCAAGGGUAUCCGGAAAUUGGCGCUGCAGGGCACACGGGUCAAGGUGAUGGCCAGAUGGCAUUAUCAGGGAGGGGGUUUCUUCACGGCGGCGUGAUGUAUAUACAUACAACGCUAUAUUAAAGUCUUGGAUAUGAAACUCAUUUCAGAGGUAAUUGGCUUGAAGGGUAAAGGGUCUCUGAACAUGUCCGUGGAUAUUGAUAUUAUGUAGAGCUGCGCCGGGGUAUUCGUUGCUUUGGUCCGGCUCUUGACCAGCUUGCGGCGUCGUCAAGUUUCAUCGUCUUCGUCUUCAUGCAUGAGCUGGGGUACAUCUGCUGCUUCUUAAGAUAUCCGUUUUCCUGAAGGAAACAUGGUUAUUCUAUUUGCAGAAAGGGAGGUAGGUAUACACCGCCCUUGGCCUCUUCAUCCGUCUGAUCAGGUGGACGUCCAGUCGCCGUUCGGAUCGUGUCACACAUCGGCUGGAAUGCCCCGGGCCGAUGGUGGGAAUGGGGUGGUGUAUUCAUUGCAUGUAGAUAUAAAAUGAUAGAACUGAGCUCGAGGAAGAAUAGCGGAGUUGGAGAUGCUCUGCUUACAUAAUACAUUCUAACUGCGGAUGACCCACUACUUUAAUUGCUCUACGACUUCAUCUGUUGCUCUCGGAACUACACACGAGCAUGAGGAAGAGAGAACAGCGAGAUUCAAGCAGAUCCGUUUUAACAGAGAUAACAUUAUAUAUAAUUGAACGACGCUCCAAAGAGCUCACUGGAGUACAGUGUGAGGGAAUCGAAGACAAGGAUCGAGCGCGCUCAUAAUAUCAUGUUCUGUCUGCAGCGUCAACUUGAGAAAAUUGAUAGUUUUCUACAAGAUCCAGGAAAAUGACGGGUCUGUCCCUAGUUUUAAUCAUUAGGUCGUGCUGGGGAGUGGCUGAUGUCCUUUGCUUGGAAUUGCUUCCUCAGGGUCUUUAGAUAAGAUAUAUCCUGUAAAAUUGUGGAUGUAGCCACUCCUGUCCCGUGGCGACAAAUAUUGUGGUUGGUAUCCAUGACUAAUUCAUGACUGAGGUUGCCCCUUUGCUUGGCGUAUUUGAAUCUCCAAGGCGGAACAAUGCGAACAAUGCACUUUACUGGACUGCUGUCCAGGGGUAUCGCCAUUUUUUGAUCCCAG